AGCGGCUGGCUGCCCAGGUGCCGGUUCGCGGCUGCGUGCGCUCCACUGCAGCAGAGAGCAGCCGCUGCUGGGGAAGAGUCCCGGGGCUGUGACGCGGUUGGGAGGAGCCUCGCCUCUAAUGCACCAGCCGCCUCCAGCCUCCUGCAGCAGCAGCAGCAGCAGCAGCAGCAGGAGCAGCGGCAGCUGCCGCGAGUGCGCGCGUGUGGGUGUGAGGGUGAGUGCGCUGGUGCCGGCCGCAGCGCCCUGCCCAGCUCCCCGCCGGCUUCCUUUCCCUCACGGGCCAAAGCCGCCCUCCCGUGGGACCAGCACCCUCUCCUAGGCCGGGCCAGCCUGAAUCCUGCCCCUGCCAUCUCGCCACUGCAGCUCGGGUCCAGAAAGGCACCAUUUUGUCGCGGCUGCGUGCUCUCCCAAGGGGAGGAGGGAUCUUUUUUACAUUUCGGAGCGGCUGCCAACGAGGGGAACCUGUUGGGCAUCUCCUCUGCUCGGCGUGUGAGCGCCUCUCGGGCGGCGGGCGGGACCAGACCCCUCGGGGCAAGGCGCAUCUCGGCACCGGAGGCAGGCGCAGCAUCCUCGCUGGGAAUUGGAGCUGGAGUGAGCGCACCGCAGGAGGAGCCGCCGCAGCCUCGGAGAUCCCGAGUGGAGGAGGUGACAGCUCCAUUGCCGGGUUUUUAUUUUUUUUCUCUCUCCGCCUCCCCGUCUCCUCCUCAGGCUCGGACCAUGGUGCAGUCCCACUGGCUCCCCUGCCCCCCUCUCCUGUGAGACUGGCUGCGGGGAGGGAUCAUGGAUACUUGUCUGCCGGCUUCUGGUUCCCACGCAAGUAAGCCUGCUGUCAAUGGAGGAGGACAUUGAUACCCGCAAAAUCAACAACAGUUUCCUGCGCGACCACAGCUAUGCGACCGAAGGAGCCACGGGAGAGCCCAGCACAGAAAUUAUGAAGCAUGAAUUAUCCAGAUGAAAGCACCUAUGGAAACAAAGCUGACAUUAUCUCUACGGUAGAAUUCAACCACACGGGAGAAUUACUAGCGACAGGGGACAAGGGGGGUCGGGUUGUAAUAUUUCAACGAGAGCAGGAGAGCAAAAAUCAGGUUCAUCGUAGGGGUGAAUACAAUGUUUACAGCACAUUCCAGAGCCAUGAACCCGAGUUCGAUUACCUGAAGAGUUUAGAAAUAGAAGAAAAAAUCAAUAAAAUCAGAUGGCUCCCUCAGCAGAAUGCAGCCUACUUCCUCCUGUCUACUAAUGACAAAACUGUGAAGCUGUGGAAAGUCAGUGAGCGUGACAAGAGGCCAGAAGGCUACAACCUGAAAGAUGAGGAGGGCCGGCUUCGGGAUCCUGCCACCAUCACAACCUUGCGGGUGCCUGUCCUCAGACCCAUGGACCUGAUGGUGGAGGCCACGCCGCGGAGGGUAUUUGCCAACGCACACACGUAUCACAUCAACUCCAUAUCAGUCAACAGCGACUAUGAAACCUACAUGUCUGCUGAUGACCUGAGGAUCAACCUGUGGAACUUUGAAAUAACCAAUCAAAGUUUUAAUAUCGUCGACAUCAAGCCAGCCAACAUGGAGGAGCUCACAGAGGUGAUCACGGCGGCCGAGUUCCACCCGCAUCACUGCAACACCUUCGUGUACAGCAGCAGCAAAGGGACCAUCCGGCUGUGCGACAUGAGGGCAUCUGCCCUGUGUGACAGGCACACCAAGUUUUUUGAAGAGCCGGAAGAUCCAAGCAACAGGUCGUUUUUCUCUGAAAUUAUCUCUUCCAUUUCGGAUGUGAAGUUCAGCCACAGUGGGAGGUAUAUCAUGACCAGGGACUAUCUGACCGUGAAAGUCUGGGAUCUCAACAUGGAAAGCCGCCCCAUCGAGACUUACCAGGUUCAUGACUACCUCCGCAGCAAACUGUGCUCCCUCUAUGAAAACGACUGCAUUUUUGAUAAGUUCGAGUGUGUUUGGAAUGGCUCUGACAGCGUCAUCAUGACCGGCUCCUACAACAACUUCUUCAGGAUGUUCGACCGAAACACCAAGCGCGAUGUCACCCUGGAGGCCUCGAGGGAAAACAGCAAGCCUCGAGCAAUCCUGAAGCCACGGAAAGUGUGCGUGGGGGGCAAGCGGAGGAAAGAUGAGAUCAGUGUCGACAGCCUGGACUUUAGCAAAAAGAUCUUGCAUACAGCUUGGCAUCCUUCAGAAAAUAUUAUAGCAGUGGCGGCCACAAAUAACCUAUAUAUAUUCCAGGACAAGGUUAACUAGGAGGACAAGUUAUUAUUCCUUAAUAAUCUCACAUACUGAUACUAGUCCAACAUGUUUUUAAAUGUUUCUUUGGGUCUUCAUUUGAUGCAUUGACUUUAAUUUCCCUACACAGAAAGCAAGUGGGAUAGAAUUAAAAGGAGUCCAACUUUCCCAGAUCCCCAGUUCCAAGAAACUUUGGUCCAAGCCAAUAGGUCCCGGGACACUUCUGUUUAGAAUUGAGAGCUGCCGGCUAACAGUAAUUCUUCCAUAGUUGACCUGAAUUUCUCAUGCUUUUAUUGCCCCGUUUUCUCUGGUGGGUCCAGUGUUUUGUUUCUAGGUGUCUGCUGAGAUGAAAUGAGGUUGUCUGUAGUAUUUAAAGCAAAAAGAGAUUUUUUUUUAAUUAAGCAAUUCCCUUUGAUUGAAAAAUUCAACAAAAAAAAUAAACACCGUUUACUCUACUCUUAAA